ACAUCCUAUUAUCAACUGCCAAAUGUCACCUAAAAAUUUCAUCUUGGCAUGUUGCCUUCUCUUCAUCCUUCUCACGAGCUCAACGCUCCUGAUCUCCCCAACACAAAGCAAGGAAUCUCCUUCAUCUGAUUUCGAACUAUUGGUCAAACAAUUAGUCAUCCAAAAAAAACAACUUGGUGACAAGUGGAAUCCUAAAAAAUUUAUUCCAACUCGUGUUCGUAAAAUAAUGAAAAAGCUUGCAAUUUCACUUCCAGAAAAAUGUGCCAGAAGAGAAAAUCAAGUUUCUGAUAUUUUGAUUGAACAAAUUCGUGAUUUAUCGAAAUGUUUUUCUGAAAAGAAGAAAUGUCCAAAAUUGAAUUAUGAAUUGACUUGUAAAUGUGGACAAGAAAGAAUUAGAAAGACUAAAUUGGUAAAUGGAUUGAAUUGUCCUUAUUUUGAAUGUAGAAAGAAGGAUCAACCAACUGUUAAAUGUCCAUUAAUUUUCACACAAGAUCAGAAAUGUAAAGAAGGAUAUUAUCAAGUUGUUAAAAAGGUUAAAUUUGGAAAAUUGGAUUGUGAUAGAAAGGUUUGUGUCAAGAAGGUUGAAAAAUGUCCAGAAAUUUCAGUCAAUUGUGCUGCUGGAGAAACUAGACAAGCUUCCAGAGAUGAGAAAGGAUGUCCAGUUGUUACUUGUACUAAAUUGACUUGUCCACCUGAAUUUACUGACAAGACUAAGGUUAAAUGUAGAGAUGGAUGGACUUUAUCUGAACAACAAGUUAAUUAUCAAUCAAUUACUUGUAAUAUGUUGAAAUGUGUCAAGACUCCAUGUCCAAGAGAAUUGAGAGAAACUCGUUCUAUUAAAUGUAAGGUUGGACAAAGAGUUGUCAGAAAGGUUGUCACUAUUAAUGGAAGAGAAUGUGGUAAAUAUGAAUGUGAAGACAUUGUCUGUCCACAAGAAUCCAAACCACAAUGUGCAGAUGGUCAAGUUGCAAGAGAAAUUUCAGUUUGGUAUCAUGGAAAGAAGUGUAAUGCUUUCAGAUGUAUGCAUGAUCAAUGUCCAACUGUUGAAACAAAGGAAUGUAAUCCAGAAACUGAACAAGUUAAAGUUUUAACAUUCAAGACUGAUUCUGGAUUGACCUGUUAUAGACAAGAAUGUGAAAAGAAGAAGAAGACUUGUAAGAAUGUCUGUGUUAAUUAUUCUCAAAGAGCUGGCAAAUGUGUCAGAUAUGAAAUGAAAGGAGAACAACAAAGAUGUAUCAAAUGGUCAUGGACUGGUUCAAAUAACUGUAUUGAAGAAAAGAUUGUCAAUCAAUGUGUUAGAUAUGUUCAAGGUGGUCAAACUUGUACCAAUAAGAAGGUUGUUACUUCAUGUGCUCGUGAAGGAAGCAGACAAGAAUGUACCAAAUACGGUGAAAAGGAAGUUUGUGCUGAGAGAGCUGAUAAGGCAGUUUGUGAAAGAUACAGCACCAGAGUUGUUGGGUGUAACAAGUACAAUGAAGUCACUUCAUGUGCUCAAUGGAAUUCCAUUCCAAAGACCAAAUGUAAAGCUGUCAAGUAUUGUGUUAAGGAACUUCCAUCCAGAACUGAAAAGUACUGUACUGCCUACAAGAAGCAAUGUCAAAAGGGUAAACGUGAAGUUUGUACCACAACUACUUGUCCUUGCAAUAAGAAGCCAGUUACCAAGUGUAGAACUUACUACUUUGAUGGAUGUUGUGAAAGCAAGUGUCAAUCUUGGGCAACUCGUACUGUUCCAGGAAAGUGUACUGCCUAUGGAUACAAACAAGAAUGCACUCCAAAUGGAAGUGAACGUGUCUGUGCCAAAUAUAAGAGCACAAAGGAAUGUGUCUCUCCACGUACUGAAAAGAUUUGUACCAGAUGGACCAAGACUAGUUCUGAAGUCUGUUCAAAGAAGGAGAAGAUUAGUGUUUGUUUAUCUUCCAAAUAUACCAAAUAUUGUGCUGAAACUACUCAAAAGGAAGUUUGUGAAUCAUGGGCUGUCACCAAUGCCAGAUGUGCUGAAUAUAAGCAAAGCAAGGUCUGUAUCAGAAAGAGUGAAGGUCAAAAGAUUUGUCAACAAUACCAAAGCUUUGGUGGUGAACAAGUUUGUGUUGAAAAAUCAAAGGAAGAUGUUUGUGCCGAAUAUAAGCAAAUGUGUACCUACGAAUAAUUUCCAAGUAAUAAUAAUAAAUUGGCAAAAAGUUAUUU